AUGUCUGACGAUUACGAUCCUACGGCCGUGGCGUUCAAGCCGGGCGACAUGGAGACGGAUAUGAACACUGGCGAGCCGCUGGCGCUCGAGGCCGAGGCUGCUGCCAAGGACCCGGCACAUAAUGAAGAAAGUGGUGAAGAUACAAACGCAAACGUCGAGUCGGGGACCCUGGUGCACCAGGGCGACGAACCUGAAUCGAUUGACAAGGAGGACAAGGUGGAGGAUGGACCAGACACAAAGAGCGAUGGAGGAGUGUUAGACGAGCCCAAGGAUGGGGAGCAGAGGGAUGAUGAGAAAAAGGAAGAACACAAGCCUGAGAACCCGUCUGAAGAAGUCGCAGAAGAUGACGACUAUGUGCCUGCAGCGGUGAGUGAGCCUGUGGAGGAGGACUCGGCUGGAGGAGGGUCGGUUGGAGGAACCGGAAUCCCUGAUGGAGCUAUCAGUUCUUUGGCUGCAAGCACUACCAUCCCCCCUCCCAGCGACCCCAACCAAGUGGGAGGAGGAGCCAGCUCCACCAGCAACAACAACAACAGCGGCCCAGAUAACAACAAGCGAAAACGACUGGCCACAGACACAAUCGGCAUUCUUGAGGACCGCAUCGCCGCCAACCCCCGAGACAUGCCUGCGUGGCUGGAUCUGAUUUCGACGAUUGUGCGCAAGGAGAAGCUGGACGAGUCGCGGGACAUUUACGAGCGGUUUCUGGCUCUGUACCCGCUGUCGGCCGAGAUUUGGAUCGAGUACAUCACGCUGGAAAUGGACAAUGGCGAGUUCAAGCGCCUGGAGCAGCUGUUUGGGCGGUGUCUGACCCGCCUGCCCAACCUCAAGCUGUGGAACAUCUACCUGACUUAUGUGCGGCGAGUCAACGUGCUGUCUUCCGAGUCGGACAAAAUCACUGAAGCCCGAACAAACAUCAUCAAGGCCUUUGAGUUUUACCUUGACCAUGUCGGCAUUGAUCGAGAGAGUGGCAAUGUGUGGUUUGAGUACCUGGACUUCAUCAAAUCCAAGCCGGCUACAACUACCUGGGAGGAGCAGCAGAAGAAUGACCUCACGCGCAAAAUAUACCGAAAGGCGAUUGGCAUCCCGCUCAACAACCUGUCGAUUCUGUGGACCGCCUACACCAACUUUGAGUACUCGCUCAACAAGGCCACAGCUCGAAAGUUCAUCAAUGAAAAGUCUGGCAGCUGCCAAAACGCCCGACAGUGCCAGACGGUGCUGGAGAACCUGAUGCGGGGUCUGGACCGAAGCAGUGUGCCCAAGUCCGGGCCCAGAGACGAGUUCCAGGUGCGAGCUUGGAAGAAAUGGAUCGACUGGGAGAAGAGCAACCCUCUGGGUACCGACAACAAGGCCGAAACCAACAAGCGGCUGCUGUACUGCCUCAAACAGGCCGUUAUGAGCUUGCAGUUUGUGCCCGAGAUUUGGUUUCUGGCUGCUGAGUACUGUUUUGACGACCCUCUGCUCAAGACCGAGGCUCUGCAGUUUCUCAAGGAUGGCCUCUCUCUCAACCCCAACUCAUCGCUGCUGGCUUUCCGGCUCGCCGAGUACUACGAGCGGGAAGCCGAUGCUGAAAAGAUGCGAACCAUUUACGAUGAGCAUAUUGAGUCUCUGGGCAAGGAGAGACAGGCUCUAAUUGAAGCUCAGGGCGAUCCGGAGGCCGAGCCUACUGCUGAGAUCAUCAAGCUCAACACCCAGAUCUCCAUUGCGUACUCGGUGUGCAUGAAGGCCGUGAAACGGUUUGAGGGUAUCAAGCCAGGCCGAAUGGUGUUCAAAAAGGCCAGAAACACUGGGUUUGCCACCUACCACAUUUACGUCGCGUCUGCGCUGAUGGAGUUUCACCACAACAAGAACCCCACGGUUGCCACCAACGUGUUUGAGCUUGGUCUCAAGUACUGCGGUUCCAAUGCAGCCUACGUUCAGCAUUAUCUCGACUUUCUCAUUUCUCUGCACGACGACACCAACGCACGGGCUCUGUUUGAGAAAACCAUUCCUCUUCUAGGUCCGUCGGACGCUGCUUCGCUCAUCAAGUCGAUGAUCAAGUUUGAGUCUGACUUUGGCGAGAUCACCAGUGUGGUCAAGCUGCAGGACCGUCUGCGGCAGCUCAACCCCGACACGUCGCCCAUCACCAUCAUUGCCGACCGGUUCGCUACCUCGGACUUUGAUGUCAUUCGACAAUGCGACAUGCUGCAAAAGCCCAAGUCGCGAACCGACGAAGAUUCUGACUCGGAGCGGCCCAGCAAGAGAGCUCGCCGAACCUCUCACGGAAACGACCAGGGCGACAAGAUGGAACCUUUCAACCUGCCUCAGAAGAUUGAUGCUUUGCUAAGGCAGCUUCCCAACUCUUCUGACUAUGGAGAGGCUACGUUUGAUCCUCAGCGGCUGGUGGAUUUGUUUAGGGACGUGAGAAUUCCGGACGGACUUCUUUAG